UCGUGAGCCCAGGAGCUGCGCUUGGUAACGGCGGCGAGGCUUGGAGACAGAGCCCGUGGGAGCAAGGGCCACAGGAGCGUCUCAUCCUCCUCCCCCGCCCCAGAGGAGCAAUUUAUCCUCUCGCAGCCCGCUAGGCUCUCCAUUGUCUCUGCCUGGCGGCGGGACCGGGCUGCGCUUCUCACUCCGCCGGCUCGCUCCAUUGGUCGGCUCCGGCUGGCUUGUAUCGCUCGCCUCACCGUGUGCUCAGGCAGCAGCACCUGGCUCGUGGGGCGAGCAGGCUCCGGGCUGGGGCGGCGGCUGCUCAGGGUUCAGGAAUGAUGUGCGCACUGGGGAGGCUAAGUUGCUCGCUCGCCUGUUGGGUCCGAGCUUUCUAUUGAAAGAGGAGGCGGCUCGGGUGCGUGGCUCUGAGAUUUUGCUCCCAACAGCUUUCAAAGGAGGAAUAUGGACUGACUAGCUCCGUACCAUGGAGUCCACGAGUUGGUUAAGCACCUUCUGCUUUCUCCUCUGUCUGAGAUCAGUUUUAGGGUUUGGUGUGGACCCCUCGCUGCAGAUUGACGUGCUGUCAGAAUUGCAGCUGGGAAAUUCCAUAGCUGGAGUGCUGCAGGUCCAAGGGCUGCACAAUGGGAGCAAAGCAUUUCUCUUCCAAGAUACUUCAAGAAAUGUAAAAGCAUCCCCAGAGACAGCUGAAGUCUUUUUUCAGAAGUUAAGAAAUAAAUAUGAAUUCACAGUUUUGGUGACUCUAAAACAAGCCCAUUUAAAUUCAGGUGUUAUUCUUUCUAUUCAUCAUUUAGAUCAUAGGUACUUGGAACUGGAGAGCAGUGGACAUCGAAAUGAAAUCAGGUUGCAUUACCGUUCAGGCGGCCAUCACUCACACACAGAAGUGUUUCCGUACAUUUUGGCAGAUGAUAAGUGGCACAGGCUUUCCUUAGCAAUCAGUGCCUCACACUUGAUUUUACAUGUGGACUGUAAUAGAAUUUAUGAAAGGGUUGUGGAAAAGCCCUACAUGGAUUUACCUUUGGGUACAGCAUUUUGGUUGGGACAGCGGAAUAACGCACAUGGUUAUUUUAAGGGCAUAAUGCAAGAUGUGCAACUACUUGUCAUGCCUCAAGGAUUUAUUUCUCAGUGCCCAGAUCUUAAUCGCAUGUUUGUAAUUCCAGCCUGCCCAACUUGUAAUGACUUCCAUGGACUUGUACAGAAAAUCAUGGAGCUACAGGACAUUUUAGCCAAAACAUCAGCUAAGCUGUCCCGAGCUGAGCAGAGGAUGACUAAAUUGGAUCAGUGCUAUUGUGAAAGGACCUGCGUCAUGAAGGGCACCACCUACAGAGAAUUUGAAUCCUGGACAGAUGGCUGUAAGAACUGCACUUGCAUGAAUGGUACUGUGCAAUGCGAAGCACUGAUUUGCCCAUUUUUUGAUUGUCUACUGAAUUCUGCUCCUGCAUAUGUGGAUGGCAAGUGCUGUAAAGAAUGCCAACCGGUGUGCAUGUUUGAAGGCAGAACCUACUUUGAAGGACAGAGAGAAACUGUGUAUUCAAAUUCAGGGGACUGUGUUCUUUUUGAGUGCAAGGACCACAAAAUGCAGCGCACUACAAAAUCGGAUUGCCCAACCUUGAACUGCCCAGAUUCUCAACAAAUCUCCUUGUCUCACAGUUGCUGCAAAGUUUGUAAAGGCCAUAACUUUUGUUCUGAAGGACAUAACUGCAUGGAGCAUUCUGUCUGCAGAAACCUAGAGGACAGGGCUGUGUGUAGCUGCCGAGAUGGUUUCAGAGCCCUUCGAGAGGACAAUGCCUACUGUGAAGAUAUUGACGAGUGUGCUGAAGGACGGCAUUAUUGUCGUGAGAAUACCAUGUGUGUAAAUACACCGGGGUCUUUCAUGUGUAUCUGCAGAACAGGAUACAUACGAAUUGAUGAUUACUCCUGCACAGAGCACGACGAAUGCAUCACAAACCAGCACAGCUGUGAUGAAAAUGCACUCUGCUUCAACACUGUGGGUGGGCACAACUGUGUCUGCAAGCCAGGUUAUACAGGAAAUGGUACCAUGUGUAAAGCAUUUUGCAAAGAUGGUUGUAGGAAUGGAGGAGCCUGCAUUGCUUCCAAUGUCUGUGCCUGUCCACAGGGCUUCACUGGACCCAACUGUGAAACUGACAUUGAUGAAUGCUCAGAUGGCUUUGUUCAAUGUGACAGCCGUGCUAACUGCAUUAACCUGCCUGGCUGGUACCACUGUGAGUGCAGGGACGGCUACCAUGACAAUGGGAUGUUUUCACCGAGUGGAGAAUCAUGUGAAGACAUUGAUGAAUGUGGGACUGGAAGGCACAGCUGUGCCAAUGACACUGUUUGCUUUAACUUGGAUGGUGGGUAUGACUGUCGAUGUCCUCAUGGAAAAAACUGCACAGGAGACUGUAUCCAUGAUGACAAAAUCAAACACAAUGGGCAGAUUUGGGUGCUGGAGAACGACCGGUGCUCCGUCUGCUCAUGCCAGAGUGGAUAUGUGAUGUGUCGGCGGAUGGUCUGUGACUGUGAGAACCCUACUGUUGACCUGUUUUGUUGCCCUGAAUGUGACUCAAGGCUCAGCAGUCAAUGUCUACAUCAAAGUGGGGAGCUCUCAUACAACAGUGGAGAUACCUGGGUGCAGAACUGUCAGCAGUGUCGAUGCUUGCAAGGUGAAGUUGACUGUUGGCCUUUGCCUUGUCCAGAGGUGGAAUGUGAAUUCAGUGUACUCCCCAAGAGUGAGUGUUGUCCACGCUGCGUCACUGACCCCUGCCAGGCAGACACCAUUCGUAAUGACAUCACUAAGACGUGUCUGGAUGAAAUUAAUGUAAUUCGCUUCACUGGAUCUUCAUGGAUUAAACACGGCACAGAGUGCACCCUCUGCCAAUGCAAGAAUGGUCAUGUUUGUUGCUCAGUGGAUCCACAGUGCCUUCAGGAACUGUGAAGCUAACAACCGUGUCUCACAAGCAGUUUCUGGUUACAGAAUUUUCCUUCACAAAAAGACCUUUAGACCAAAAAUUGUAUAAAGCUAAAACUGAAAUCACAUCAGUUUUGUCCAUCUAAAGUGCAGAAAUGUUCUGAAUUGAGUGAGCUUUCAAUUACCUGAGUCAGAAUGAAAUCUAUGGAACUGGAGAAAAGCUCAGAUGUGUAAACCUUUCUUUGAGGUCAGGCUCAACUUCUGGCUAUUUAUGUGUCUGGCAUCAUUAUGCAGAAUAUUAGGUUAGUGGUAAAGUGACACAUUGUAACAUUGUACCUAACGAUGUCAAGAUCGAGAGACAAAUAGAAGUGAUCAUUGAGCCUACUGAAGCUUUGAAAGUCCAACACUUCAAUAGGCACAGAGAUUUUUACCUAAUAAUAUUUGAAUCUGCACAAAUUUUGUUUGAUUGCUCACUGCAGACUCUAGCAGAAAUUUGAAUAAAGGGAGGAUGUCUUCAGGAACAAAGAAUAUAGCAGCUAAGAUGUGUUAUGUACAGUACAUGCUCUGAAAAAAAGAUAUAAGUUAUUGUAAAAAAAGUGAUGCACCGGCAUGGCUACUUAACGUUUUCUGAUGGGGAAAGUCAUCUAUAUUUCCUUGUUUUACUGCACUUACUAUUUCUUGAUUGAAUUUGUUCAGUAUAAGCUCGUUCUUGUGCAAAAUUAAAAUAAAUAUUUCUCUUACCUUAUAA